GGGAAACUGCUGACCUUCAGAACGUCCUUCUCUUUCAGCUGGAGGGAGCAUGGCAGUGAGCCAAGGAGAUGGGACCCUCUGCUUUGUCCUCCUGCUGUGCUGCUGGCAAGAAACUGAGCUCCGGCCGAGAACCGUGAUUCCAGGUUCACCUACUGAAAUACCAUUCAGUUCAAAACAUGAGGAUAUGUCUGAAUUAUUAGAUGAAAUUCUAGUCCAGGAGAUUUGGGAUCUGAAUAAAACAACACCGACCGAAAUGCCAAGUACAGCAUCAACAUUAUCAACAACAAUAUAUGCUGGUAUUGAUGAGAAUUAUCAAGCUGGUGGUUCUGAGAAUUAUCAUGAAUUAUUAGAGAAUUUACAAUCCUCUCCUGGCAUUGAGGACAAAAUUUCCAAUGAUGAAGCCAGUGCUAAUGCAAAUCUCCAUGGUGAUCCUUCUGAGAAUUAUCGUGGGCCACAGGUGUCUCCUGGCAGUGAGAAGAGUGUUUCUGGUAAAGAAAAGAAGAAUUCAAAGAACACUCAGUAUGAAAAUCUAUCCAUUCUGGACAAAAUCCUUCAAAAUAUUGGAAGAUCUCCAGGAAACAUUUUCCGUAAAGAGCAGCAGAGGACCAGUGCACAGAGCAGGAGCCAAGGCAGUCAGUGAGGCCGCAUCCCCAGAGCCCCUGCGCAGGAGAUGAGCCUGCUAGAAUCCCCACCCACCAGCCUCUGGAACAGGGCACUUGUGUGCACACGCCCAUGUUCUCGGAACCAUUCCGCAUAAAGGAAAAUCGUUUAUUCACAC